AUGAUCCACGCCGCAGCCACCACCACAUCGGCAAGAACAAUACACCUGGCCCUCGCCGCCGAUUUGCGCCUCGUCCUGCCACGCACCCGCUUGCCCCUCGCCAGACAGCUCCACUCGUCCCGCCGCAUCGCACAGCAAUCCGCUCCCGGGCCUUCGCGCAAGCCCUUUGCACGCGUCGUCAACACAAAAUCCUCCAAGGCCGCAUUCGAACAGCGGCAGAUCCUCGACGGCCUCCGUGGCGGCAACUCGAACCCAACUUCCAGCGGCGACUCCUCGUCCCUCUCCCAUGCCCAGGAAGCGCCCAGAUUCAACGCAACCGCAGAGGCGGCACUCAACGCAGCGGCGGGAGGACGCGGCGGUGCGAUGCCUCUCGGCAUGGCCGGCCUCUCCGUAGGCGCAGGCAGCCAAGGCGGCCUCAUUGACCGCUGGACCGGCUCGGGAAAGCGCUGGAAGGACCUCAAGGGCGGUCAAAAGGUCGCCCGGGCCACUGUCCAGUCAUCCAGGACCGUCCUCAUCUUUGGCGGCGCCGCCCUCACCUUUGUCCUCGUCUAUGCCCUCUCGACCGAGCUCUUUGCCAAAAACAGCCCCACGGUCGUCUUCGGCGACGCCUGCAAGCGCGUACAGACCAGCCCAGAGAUCGCCCAGCAUCUCCUCCCGCCCUACCGCUUCCACACCUCGUCCGCCUUCACCACGACCGCAUCGCCCUCGCCGCUCAACCCGCCCGCCCGAGGCCGCAGGUCGCGCUCGGUGGCGUCCUACUCGUACGUCGACCAGACCACCGGCCAGGAAAAGAUGCUGCUGCGCUUCUUUGUCGAGGCCAGGGACAAGGACAGGGACCUCACCCUGUGGGACACGACCAGGUACCACGUCAUCGAGGCGGGCAAGUGGGCCGGCAGAAAGGUGCAGGAAGGCGGCGAGUGGGUCGGCGAUCAGCUCGGCCUCUUUGACGAUGCCGACGAGGCAGCCACCGGGUCUCACCACGCCGCCGGGCUUGACCCUUCAGCGACGACGGCGGCCUCCAAGCCGGCCAGUUCCGAACCUUCGGCCAUCGGGUCCGCACUGUCCAGCGCGUGGAACUACAGCUUCGGCGGCCUCACUGGACUCGCCCGCGGUGGCAGCGACGCGCUAGGCAAGCUGACGUCAAGCAGAAGAGAGCCGGGCACCUGGUCGUCGGGCGAGGUGCACGCAGAGAUGGAAAAGGACGACAACGGCGUGCUGCAGUACAAGCACUUUUUCGUCGACAUCCCCAGCUCGAGCGCCACGGUGCGCGAGCGGGUGUGGAUCGUGCGCAAAAAGGGAGAGGUCGAGAGGUGA